AUGGGACAGGGGCCUUCGGCUGAAGCGCAGCAAAAUACAGACAACAGAAUCAACGCCAUCUUUGCGACCUUCUGGCUUCGGCUGGAGAGGAGAAUGAGAGGCUCCCCCCUUGCUCACACAAGGGACCUCACCCGCAGAUUACCAAGAGGGUCUACCAACCGGGCAGGUAAUCACCGAAUGCCAGACCCGACGGGAUAAACCUCACAAGCCUCCUAUAUCUGAAGCUAAAGACCCUGCCGACCAGCAGGCAGCCCCAGUAUCCAGGAAGAAAAGGAUUAUUAACCAUUCUCAAGCCAGGGGCCACCAGAAAGCUCUGCAAUCAUUAACACCCACCUGCCCCCGUAACCGAAGCAAAAUCGCGGUGGCAAGCCAGCACAAGAGGAUGAAAAUAUACUUGAAGCGCAGACACAAGGCACACCGGAGCAACAUAACCCAACAAGCCCACUCACCCCACCUGCAGAUACCCGAGAUCACAGGGCCGAGAAACGCUGCUCCGCAACAGCUCCAGAUACCUGCCCCAUCCACCGACAACUGGGCACAGAGUCCCGCAUGGCUCAGCUGGAAUACAGAAACUCUGGACAUACACAGCGGGCACCAGCGGCAUACAAAACCAGCCUGGGCAUCCAGAACGGCUGGGGACGCUUUACUGCCCACCAAGACACUCCUGGCGCUUUCCGGAUAUGGGGAUUGGGUGAUGGAUAACUCCUUGACUGGCAUGGGCCUGAUGACUGAUAUUUAAGCUUUAUAAGUAUUAGUCACCAUUAGAGCGGAUUUACACCAAUAAGCCAUGCUCUUAUGCUAUUUUGAUCGACCUGCUAUGUUUAUUUUCUUUACUUCUGCUUUUCCUUUAUUACAUCUUAAGUUGCAGGGAGCGGUAGAGAGG